AUGGCGCGCGUCGAAACUAUUCCCGAACUUUAUAACACGACUUUAUGGAAAUUCAAGGCAGAAGGCAACGCAAAUAUAACAUUAUCAUAUGUUGGCGAAAAUGCUAGAUUUUCAGCUACGGUACUUCGCUUGCGAAAGGAUAAUCAAUUGGAUACAAUUAUUGAUCCUCAAUACUUUACGUAUUCUUAUGCAAAUUUCAUUAUGAAGCCAUUAAUUGGUGAUAAAUACGUCGGUGAAUCGAUAUUGUUGGAAGUACAGCCGGAGUUUCUUAAAGCUUUGUCUAAAUCAGUUCUUAAGAUACGAUCCAAUAAGCGAACCCAAAAAGAUAUCGAUCACAAUCAGAAAUAUGCUAUUUUAACACCUGAUCAUACGGUGUUCCCGUCGAAUAUUAGUCCCACGCUUUCUGUAGAGUUAAAGCCUAAAUGGGCAUUUUUGCCAUCUUCUCCUUUCAUUGAAAAUUUUGUAAAAUUUCAAUCAUGUCGUUUCUGUAUGCAUAAGUACCUUAAACGAGGUCCAACAGAUGACGUCACAAGAUAUUGUCCAUUAGAUUUAUUUUCUCUGGAAGAUAAAAGAAUAAGAAAGGCAAUAGAGGCCUUAAUAGACUGUCCUGGAAGUAAUUUAAAAUUAUUUAUACAAGGGCUGCAAAUUGAGAUUGGAAAAGAGAAUUGGCUGACUUCGCUAUGUGAGUUUUUUGAGAUCGGUUACCCUGAAUUGGAUGAUAAAAAACAGCAUUAUGUAAUUGAUAUGCUUAUUGUUCUAUUGAUACAAGUUAUUAUGAAAGAACAAUAUUUGUUUAGAAGGCUAAAGAUAUUACAAAAAACUUUAGAUGAACUAGACAUUGAAGGAAUUAAUAAACUCUUAAUAACUCUCCGACCGAAAUUAUCAGAACCAUUAUUAGAAGAAUGGAAAUUGAUAGUAGAUGAAUAUAUGAAGAGAACCACCGCAAAUAAUAGUAAUAAUGAAAAUGUGCUCGAGUUUAUGUCUACAAUGGAAAAUAAACAAAUUCAUCAGCGGAUAUACGAAUAUUUGAUGUCUGCUACAUUGAAGGACUGUUCUAUAAUCUUUUCUUUUCGGAAAUCUGAUAUACGCGAUUUUGCUGAACAAAAAUCUCAUUCAAGUCAAAUUUUCCAAAACAAAGAAAGACUUCAACAAAUAUCUUUGUCUGAAACACAAUCGCCCAUUAGUGAUUCUCUGAAUAAGUAUCCUUACGAUAAUUACCUUGAUAAGCCGUAUGUUUACAAAGUUAAUGUUAUCGAUUUAGAUCCAAAACCUUUGGCAAAAUUACCUUAUUAUCAAGAGUUAGACGCAAAAAUUGUAGAGAAUUAUUUAAAAUGCGGUGCAACAAAUAACAAAUGUUCUGAAUGA